UCCAGACUUCUCCAUUCAACCCAAUUGAUUCGGCAUCCAUUACUAGGUGCUCAACAUCGUAUUCGGCAAUCUGUCAUCACCCACGCCUUUGCCUCGUGUAUCUCCCGGAGAUCCAUCCGGAAUCUUUACAUCCUACUUGAGCUUCGGGGUCACAUUGAGGCUAUCUCAUCGGCAAGUCACCGCUGUGCAGCGAAGCACUUCUCUACCGUGACACAACUUUGUUCCUGCGUGGCAUUUCCUAUAAAGAUCGUAUCGCUUCACAUAGUCUCCUCCUGGAUUUUCCCGCCGUCUCCAAAACCUCCCACGUAGUACACAUUUUCGAAAAAAUGGGCCCAAGAACAGACAAACCCGCCGGCGCUCAAGCAAAGCCUCAUCGGCCAUCCAUCAACAUCCCGCCGACACCCGAUAGCGCGACAUCCAGCCAGUCAGCAGCCACAGUGACACCCUCUCAUGCCGCCUCCUCAAAUUUCUCCGUUCUUGCCUCAGCCACCAUUCUCAGAGAUGGUGCUGAUCUUUUGUCUGCAACGAAAUCGGCCAUCCCACCUGAAAUCGAGGCCGUUGCUCAGCUCAUGCAUAACCUGAAGGAGAUGAACCAUCGACUGAAAGGGAUGUACGAGAGCAUAGAAACCAAUACUGAGAGGGCGGCUAUGCUUGGGCCUGUUAUCAAAGCUGGAGAAGAGACCGCAACGUUAAGGUCUCGUCUAGAAAAGCAGAUAGCGAAGCAUGCCAAGGAGUUGGAGACUCUGCGAAGAGAGCUUGAAAGAAGAGUGAAGGAACGUCUCGAAGAUCGCCUCAAACAACAUGUGACUAAGGAAAUACGAGCAUCUGUGGCACAGAAGAUUGAAAACAAAGUUCGACAAGAGUUGGAGAAACAGGUUCCUCAUAGUCUCCGACAUCAAACGAAUGAACACACGCAUCAAAUGGUAGCGAUCAAGACACAUCUCCACAACUCGGAGGCGCGACGAAUAAACGCGACCUUGACUCGCAAGGAAAAACUACGACCGUUGAUACCUUUGGAUGGGAGUACAUUGCCGGCGUCUUUAUUCCCCAACAACAUCGAUGCUUGUCUCGCAAUGUCAGGGAAGGAUGUCAAAGAGCUGCUGAAACAUUACGAACUGGACAAGGCAUCUCCGGUUCCACCGGGUGGUACAUCUAAGGAGGAGAACAUAAACAAGUUCUUGGAUUAUAUAGGGGCGCCAUACCACGUCCUUCCUGGUCCGACCGUCCCUGAGAGCGCAUCCUCCAAGGGGCCUAGGUUGGUGGCGCCCAUACUCAUCACCAGAAAGGCAGUUGUAUGAUAUGUGUUGGUUUUUUGUUUGUACAAUAAUAGGAUGUAGGCAUGCACACGUGAUUAUAAUAACCACAAUUGUGUUUCUCGGUGAAAGGGCAAGUCGU